GACACUCUCAGUAAUAUUUCUAUUUGAAGCAAAUCCCGUUCUAUCUGAUUCUACCCCGUUACACCCAAAGUGGAUACCUUACGUUGCUUUGGUUCCACUUGCUUUUUCAUUCGGUCAUAUUAGUUUCACCUGCUUGCAUUCUACAGGUUGUACCAUUUACUUCUUACAUCGUCAUUUAUCUUUUCAUGACUGAACUCAGUUCAGCAAGUGCAUAAUUUCGAAUAUUUUCAUCCGUAAAUGAUGGCAUUUAGUGAACUUGAAGAAAGAAUUAGUAAAAUCCGACAACAAAAUGAGGAAAUUAAAAGAAGAUAUGAAGAAGUAGAAGAAGAUAAAAAGAAUGCUGCUAAGUCAAAUGCUUUGGUGCAAAUGGUGCCAUCAACGGUUUGGCCAGAAAGAAAAGAACCACCAGAAUAUUCGAAUCCACCUAAAGUUAACCAUAAACAAAAAUCUGCUACAAAAGAACAAUCCGAACAUGUUCAACAGCAUCAUCCUAAUGAGAGAAGAAAAGGCGAAGGACCACCUCCUGAUCCUAAAUAUAAUUUUCUUGCUGAUGCUGAGCGAGAAGAAUACAGUGCACCAAAUAAUCAAAGAGACAGUACUGGAAAUAAAAAUCAUAACAGGUCUACUCGGGGCAAUUUUAAAAAAAGAGGAAUGGGAAAAGAAGGCCCACAAAGGGGUAGAACAUAUCAUGGAACGCAUAGAGAUGAGCACAAGCCUGAGUAUGAAGCUUGGCGAAAGGAAAGAAAUCGCAUUGAUGAAGAUCGUAUUAGUAGACAAAAAACUGCAGAGGGCAACUGGCGUAGAGAAUGGGAUAAUGAUAAAGCCCAUUUAGUAAAUGAGAUUUCAAAAGGAGAAGGUAAAGCUACUUUAGGAGAUUUUUCAAAGAAAGAUGGGAGAUACUCUGAUGGUAGUGGAUAUGCAAGUCAUAAUCGUGGUGCUUAUCAUAAAUCUCAUCGAGGAUCUCCUAGAAACUUCCAUAAUAAUUCUGAUUACUCUCAUAUGGAUUUAUAUGAUAUGCCUAAUUUUUAUAAGACUACCACGCCAAUUUCUGUUGAUGAACGAACUGUUGUUGCAACAGAUAAAAGCAUUAAGGUAACAUUAAACCAAAGCAAUUUGACAAAGGGUCCUGUUAUGAGUGUUAAAGUAAAUUCACCAAGUAUAGCUGGUACAGGAAGAGUAGGUCCUCGACAAAGAACUCGUGUUACAUACAGUAGUCAUUCUGACAUAGAUACAAAUAUAUACGAAAGUGGAUCAUUUUCACGACAAAAAUCAUUCGAAGAUAAAACUAAAGGAAAUCAUUAUAAUAAUGUGCAAAGGACUCUUAGCUUAAGGAAGCCUCAAUCUCAAAAAAAGAAAGAAAAUGGUGCUAAAUCUCCAUUUUCGCAGCGAAAAGAAUUUAAGAAGGAAACAUCAUUUGCAAAUUCAUCUAAACAUUAUGAAAAUGGAUCACAAUCAAAUUUUGUACGCAAAGAAUACAAAGAUUCACAAAAGUCUCAUUAUCCACCUAAGUCGCCAAGAACGUUACAUAAAAAUAUAAAAAUACUGAAAGAUGAUUCUGCUGAUGUAAUGAUCGACAAUACGAUCAAAGAUGAGAAAAAAGAAGCAGUAGUAGUCUUAGAAGAUAAUGACGUUUUUAUUGAAUCAGAAAAAAUCGACAUAGAAUCUCCAAACGAAAUCAAAGAUGACGAGUGCAUUGUUGAAAAUGAAUCGAAAAGUGAUAUCAAAGAAGAAAAUGAAAUUAUUUUCGAAAAUUCUGAAUAUUCACCUUGCGAAGAAGAAAUGAUUAAUGAAAAUAUUGAA